AUAGACCAGCCAAAAGGUCUUUGCUAAUAACCCUUACAACUCAAUUGGAUCAUGAUGAUGAGCAUUAUGAGCUCUUGUUGCUCCUCUAUAAAUUACAGUACUCUAUUUAGAUCCUCAAUGAUCAAACAAACCACCAGCAUAGCCUGUUUUCCUCCUCUCUUUUGUCAUCCCAAAGCCAAGAGGUACUGGUUCAUCAAAAGUCGGUAUAAGAGUGCCAUGGGAGAUGAUGAAACUCAAAGCUUUCAGAAUCCUAGAUAUGUGAUCAAGAAGGUGCUCGCAAGGCCCCAACAUGAGGGCAAUGGAGCCAUUGUUAGGAGGAGCAUUGGAAGGGGAGAACUAAAAAACUUGGAUCCAUUUCUAAUGCUGGAUGAGUUUUCAGUAUCUGCACCAGCUGGGUUUCCUGAUCAUCCUCAUAGAGGUUUUGAGACCGUCACUUAUAUGCUGGAGGGAGCCUUCACUCACCAGGAUUUUGCAGGGCAUAAAGGCACCAUCAGAGCUGGAGAUCUGCAGUGGAUGACUGCUGGUAAAGGAAUUAUUCACUCAGAAAUGCCUGCUGCGCCUGGAGAGAACAAAGGGUUGCAGCUAUGGAUCAAUCUCUCCUCCAAAAACAAAAUGAUGGAACCGAGAUACCAAGAGCUAAAAAGAGAAGACAUAAGCGAAGUGAAGCGAGAGGGCGUUACCGUCCGCAUCAUUGCCGGAGAAUCCUUCGGCGUCCAGUCGCCGGUCUACACCCAGACUCCGACAAUGUACCUCGAUUUCACCUUAAGCCCCGGAUCCCAAGUCCAGCAGCGGAUCCCGGAGUCAUGGAGCGCCUUCGUCUACAUCGUGGAAGGCGAGGGUGUGUUCGGGGAGCCGAGCGCGGCGGCGGCGGGGAGCCACCACGCGCUGGUGCUGAGCCCCGGCGACGGGGUGGAGGUGUGGAACAGGGCAGCGAAGCCGCUGAGGUUCGUACUCUUGGGCGGGCAGCCGUUGAUGGAACCUGUGGUGCAGUACGGACCGUUCGUGAUGAACACGCAGGCGGAGAUCGAGCAGGCGAUCGAGGACUUCAACUGCUGCAAGAAUGGGUUCGACAAGGGGAAGUUCUGGGCCUCUCUCAGGUGAAGUGUGAAGGCCCAAAUUGAAGUUUAAUGUUUCUUUUGAUGGGGCUGUUUGGGGAUGGUAUAAUUCAAACAUCAUACAUCAUGGCAUGUCGUGUCACGACACAAUUCUCCUCCGAAUUGGAUUGAUUGGAAUACUAACAAUAAAUAUAUUCAUCUUUUAUCAUCA